AUGGAUGUUUACGAUCAGGGAAGCUUUAUAAAUCUUAUAGCGAAGCAUAGAAAAUGGCUUUUCGACUUGGCUACUUUGGCUGAUUCCUUUCUAGCAUAUCUUGAUGAACUCUCUAAUGAAAACAAGUUUCAGGUUUCUAAAGGCUUUUUACUUCUCCGUGUAAAUGAAGUAAUAACUAUGUUGGUUUUUAUAUAUCAUGGAAGUAUCAAAGAGAUACAUAGGAGAAUAAAUGAAAUUCUCGAGUUAUUUGUUAUCAGAAAGUCAUACAUGACAAUUAUAGCAUUUGGGUCUACUGCUCUUGACAUUUAUGAAUCUCAUUUUGAUAUCUUAAAAAUACAUUCGAGAAAAAUGAAUCCAAUGCGAGGGAUCGACUUGAAAGGGAUUGCUGAGAAGAUGAAUGGUGCAUCCGGUGCUGAAGUUAAGGCUAUUUGCACAGAAGUUGGAAUGUUUGCUCUAAGAGAAAGAAGGGUUCAAGUGACAGAAGAAGAUUUCGAGAUGGCAAUUGCAAAGGUUAUGAAGAAAGACAAAUAA